AUGGCUACCCCCAGUGUCCUUACCUUUGACACCGAGGGCCGUGCUGUUGACUUUGAGGUCUGGGUCGAUGACCUCCAGCUGUUCCUCCAGUGCGAUAGGGCAGACGGCCUCUCUUUGUUCGACCUCACAUCUGGUGCCUCCCCUGCCCCGGCUGCUACUACUGACAGCACUGUUUGCUCACAGUGGGCGACUCAAGAUGCUGCUGCCCGUCUUGCUGUGCGUCGCCACUUACCGACCACUGAGCAUGCGCACUUUAGCCAGUACAAGAGUGCUCAGACCUUGUACGACGCUGUAGUUGCACGCUACUCUUCCCCUGCUACUGCUGCACUGAGCCGCCUCAUGCUACCGUACGUCUUCCCUGACCUUGCUGCGAUUCCCACAGUCGCUGACCUCAUUACGCACCUCCGCACUAGUGACACUCGCUACCGCGCUGCACUUCCUGCUGAGUUCUGCGCCAAGAACCCCCCUGCCAUGUACAUCACCCUCUACUACAUAGUCACCCGGCUCCCUGACUCUCUCCGCGCCCUCCUAGCAGCAGAGACGAGCAUAGUCACUGUAGGAGCCUCUCGUGGUGACCCUCGCACCCCCGUCUUUGAGGGGUGUUCCCCCUCCCCCCUCUUGCCCUCUGUUGCUUCUGCUGCUGCUGCUGCUGCCGACCUCGUUGGUUUCUACGGGGUCGGCGCUGCGUCUGCCCCUAGUGGGAGACGCCGAACCAGCAAGGGCAAGGGGGGCAAGGGAAAUGGAGGGGCUAGCGGGGGCGGUGGAGGUGGUGGUGGAGGCAGUGGAGGGAGUGGGGGUGGUGGUGGGAGUGGUGGCGGGGGCGGUGGCGGCGGCGGCAGCAGUGGAGGCGGAGGAGGCGGCGGUGGUGGCGGAGGGAGAGGAGGCGGCGGAGGUGGAGGAGGAGGCGGCGGUGGAGGAGGCGGCGGAGGCGGCGGCGGAGGCGGUGGUGGAGCGGGUCGCGAGUCUACGCAGAGGAGUGGGUCAGGUGGUGGUCCGCGCCAGCAGCAGCAGCGCGGUCAUGAGACCCUGUCCCCUCAGCAGCUUCGUGAGUGGUACGCUGCUCGUCAGCGUGGUGGGGGCACUGGUCCCUGCACUUACGUCCUCCGUACCGGCGACCGAGCUGGUGAGCAGUGCGGGGGCCCGCACUCCACCCAGCACUGCUUCGGCCGCCUGACGGACGCGUGGCGUCACCAGUUCCCUGAGACGUCAGAGAUCUCUCGCUGGGGAGAUCUCUCUAGGGCGGGGGUUGCCAUCUUUGAUCUUGACUAUGAUGCUAUCCUUGCUGCCAUGUAUGCUGUGUCUACUAGUGUUGAGGGUGACUGUUACCUGUGUGUACCGCCUGACCCAGGCAUUGAGGCCACUGCUCUAGGUGCUGGUGAGGCUGCUGCUCUAGGUGCUAGUGCGUCUGCUGCACCAGGUGCUAGUGCGUCUGCUGCCCCAGGUGCUAGCGCGUCUGCUGCCCCAGGUGCUACUGCAUCUGCUGCCUCUGGUGCUGGUGAGUCUGCUCUCUCAGGUACUACGUCGGCUCAGGCCUUGCACACCUUCACCCUUGACUCGGGUGCGUCCCGCUCCUUCUUUCGAGACCGCACCACUCUUACGCCGCUCAGUCGGCCGGUUGCAGUCUCCCUGGCGGACCCCUCUGGGGGUCCUGUCCUUGCUAGCUUCUCCAUUGUCUUACCGUGUCCUGCAGCCCCCUCUGGCACUCUGUCUGGUCUCUACCUCCCCUCGUUCUCUACGAACUUGGUGAGUGGAGCGGACCUACAGGAUAGGGGGGUUGACCAGUUCACUCCUGCGAGUCAGCGGGUGACCCACUGCACGGACGCUCGGACGGGCCGACACUUGGCCACGUUUACCCGUCAGCCGGGGUCGAGCCUGUACACACUGACCACUGAGUCUCCUCCUGUUUCUGCGUCUGGUCAGGUAGCUGCGUUGAGUCAGGUGUUUGCUGGAGCGUCGAGGUCUGGUCCUGAGUCUGCUCCCUGCUCGUGUCGUCUCCUGUCCCACCAGACUCUCCUUUGGCACCACCGCCUUGGUCAACCCUCCCUGCCUCGUCUCGGAGGCAUGGCCUCCCGUUUCCUUGGGCAACAGCGUGCCGCCCCGCACUCCUCCGAGUUUCCUCCGACAGAGGCUCCGCUGCAGACUCUCCACAUGGACGUGUGGGGCCCCGCCCGCGUCCGCAGACAGGGGCACGAGCGUUACUUCCUGUUGGUGGUUGACGACUACUCACGUUACACCACAGUCUUCCCCUUGCGCAACAAGGGUGGCGUCACUGAGGUGUUGAUUGACUGGAUCCGCGCAGCUCGUCUCCAGCUCAGGGAGAGUUUCGGCUCGGACUUUCCUGUUCUGCGUCUGCACUCUGACAGAGGCGGGUAG